GGGGUCGCGGGCGCGAUGGGAGGGGACCCCGCGGCCCGCCGGCGAGCGCGCCCACCCCGCCGCUGCGGUCGCGAGGGAAGGCCCCGGAGGCUGGGAGCCUGCCAUCGGGAGGGGUGGGGGGCGUCCGCCAGCUCUGGGCUCCGGAGCUCGGGACGCCCCCUCCCCAGGAGGAGAUCCCGAGCCUCCCCGCCUCCUGGAGCCCAGGAGGGUCCCCGGUUAUUGUUGUCCCCACCUCCAGCCUGGGGUCGGGAGUUCAGGAGGCCCUGUCCUCAGAAGAGGGACCCAGAGGAGCCCCUUACCUCCAGGACCCCAGGAAGGGGCCUGGCUAUUGUCUCCCUUCCCCUCCAGUCUUGGGGUACAGAGUUCUGGAAGGCCUUUCCCCAGGUGGUGAUCCAGAGUCCACCUGCCCCCCAGGAACUCAGGAAGGCCCCCAGUGAUUUCUCCUCCCACUUGCCAGCUAAAAGAUGGGAAUUCUGGAGGCCCCAUCCUCUGGAGGCAAUCUAAGGGUUCCUCUGCUCCCCAGGAACCCUGGAGGGGACCCAGAUCCUACCCCAGAAGCAGCCAGUACUUCCACACCUGCGAUGAGGCGCUCAGUCCUGGUCAGGAACCCAGGCCACAAAGGCCCCAGGCCCGUUUAUGAAGAGCUUGACUCUGACUCAGAGGACGUGGACCCCAACCCCGAAGAUCUGGACCCAGUUUCUGAAGACCCAGAGCCUGAUCCGGAAGACCUCAACACUGUCUCUGAAGACGUCGACCCCAGCUAUGAAGAUCUGGAGCCCGUCUCAGAAGAUCUGGACGCGGAUGCCGAAACUCCGGGCUCCUUCUUGGGGAACCGUGACUCGGAUCCCCAAGAUCUCGAUCCCAUAUCUUCGAGUUUCGACCUCGAUCCAGAUGUCAUAGGCCCCGUACCCCUGAUUCUCGACCCCAACAGCGACACCCUCAGCCCCGCCGCUCCAGACGUGGACCCCCUUUCCUCCGGCCUCACUGCCGCCCCGCAGGUCCUGGCCACCAGCCCCGCGGUGCUCCCCGCCCCUGCCAGCCCACCCCGGCCCUUCUCCUGCCCCGAUUGCGGGCGAGCCUUCCGCCGCAGCUCGGGGCUGAGCCAGCACCGCCGCACCCACAGCGGCGAGAAGCCCUACCGCUGCCCCGACUGCGGCAAGUCCUUCAGCCACGGGGCCACGCUGGCGCAGCACCGCGGGAUCCACACAGGGGCCCGGCCGUACCAGUGCGCGGCCUGUGGCAAAGCGUUCGGCUGGCGCUCCACGCUGCUGAAGCACCGCAGCAGCCACAGCGGCGAGAAGCCGCACCACUGCCCGGUGUGCGGCAAGGCCUUCGGGCACGGCUCGCUGCUGGCGCAGCACCUGCGCACGCACGGCGGCCCGCGGCCCCACAAGUGCCCCGUGUGCGCCAAGGGCUUCGGGCAGGGCUCGGCGCUGCUGAAGCAUCUGCGCACGCACACGGGCGAGCGGCCCUACCCGUGCCCGCAGUGCGGCAAGGCCUUCGGGCAGAGCUCGGCGCUGCUGCAGCACCAGCGCACGCACACGGCAGAGCGCCCCUACCGCUGUCCUCACUGCGGCAAGGCCUUCGGCCAGAGCUCCAACUUGCAGCACCACCUGCGCAUCCACACGGGCGAGCGGCCCUACGCCUGCCCGCACUGCUCCAAGGCCUUCGGGCAGAGCUCGGCGCUGCUGCAGCACCUGCACGUGCAUUCCGGCGAGCGUCCCUACCGCUGCCAGCUCUGUGGCAAGGCCUUUGGCCAAGCCUCCAGCCUCACCAAGCACAAGCGGGUGCAUGAGGGCGCCGCGGCAGCUGCGGCCGCUGCCGCUGCAGCUGCGGCAGCUGCAGCCGGCCUGAGCCUCGGGCCUGGCCUGAGCCCUGCAUCUAUGAUGAGGCCCGCGCAGGUCUCCCUCUUGGGUCCUGAUGCUGUCUCUGUGCUCAGCUCUAGCCUGAGCCUCAGCCCUGGCCCCAGCUCUGGCCGCAGCCCUAACCCUAGCUCUGUGCUGGGCUCCCUUCCCAAUCCCAGCCCCAAACCCCUCCCUGGAUCCGGAUCCCCCCCUAGCCCCGAUCCUGUCCAAUCUUCCAACCCUAAGCCUGGGUAUGAUGCCGAUGCUGACCUUGUGCCCAGUCCUGACCAUAAAUCUGGUCCUGGCCCAGAUCCCGAUCCUGUGCCCAGCCCUGACCCCAACCCUGAGUCCCACCCCGAUCCCUGCUCUCCCACCUAUGACACUGUCAGCACAGCCCUCCCUACCGGCGAGAGUCCUGAGUGGGUACAGGAGCAAGGGGCCCUGCUGGGGCCUGAUGGCUGAAGGGGACUCCAGCAUCCACGGGGCCUGGGAAGUUGUGUGUCGUUCAGUUAGUAAAAUCCUCCACUGCCCCGCA